AGUUAAGGGGGUGCCCAUACUUUUUCUUUCUUUUUUCUUUUCUUUCUAAAAAUAAUCUAAUUCGUACUUUCGUCGUCGAGACCAUUUUUUUUUCGAUCGAAAAGCUCGGCGCGGAUGGGUUGUUGCAGCAGCAAAAGCAUCGAUUCGAGGGCGAAUCGGAUCGCUCGGUGGCGAUCGACGGGGAUCGUCGCCCUCCGAGACGGCAAAUUGAAGACACUACCAGAUGAACUUUUCCAGGUGGAUAAAUUUGUCAGAACACUUGAUUUGACAAAUAACAAGAUAGCUGAGAUACCGCCAGAGAUUGAUAGACUACUUACCCUGCAACGUCUUGUUUUGGCUGGCAACCUGCUUGAGUUCUUGCCAGCUAACAUUGGGAAUCUCCGGAACCUAAAGGCCAUCACUCUUGAUGGAAAUCGGAUGUCAGUCUUGCCUGAUGAAUUGGGCUCUCUUUCCAGGCUUGAGCGACUUUCUAUCUCUGGGAAUUCCUUAAUUUCUCUGCCCAAGACCAUUGGAAAUUUGCGUAGUUUGUUGCUGCUAAAUGUUUCCAACAACAAAUUGAAGUCCCUUCCAGAGUCAAUUGGUGACUGCAUUUCCUUGGAAGAAUUGCAGGCAAAUGGAAAUUCUAUUGAUGAUUUGCCUUCAUCUAUUUGCAAUCUCAUUCACCUGAAGUCCCUUUUGUUGAACAAUAAUAACAUUCGCCAGCUUCCUCAGAAUUUAUUGAAGGAAUGCAAAUCUCUGCAGAACAUUUCUCUUCACGACAACCCUAUUUCGAUGGAUCGGUUUCAGCAAAUGGAAGGAUUCGACGAGUUUGAAGGACGAAGAAAGAAAAAAUUCGACAAACAAAUCGAUUCAAAUGUCAUGAUGAGCUCCACCGCACUAGACGAGGGUCUUGAUUUGCGAUAAUCAUGAUUCUUCAUUGUAUGUUUUCUUCAUGUUUCGAUCUUUGUCCCUUCUCUGUAUAUACAAAUUUCACGAAUCUAUUCUUGAAUCCCAGUAAUUGAGGAAAUAAUUUGGUACAAGUACGGUACAGUGUAAUUUUGUGCUCACGAUAUGUUUCCUUGUGUGCAAGGAAAGGAAAAUGCUUGGACUUUUAUUUUUUUCAAAA